ACAAACAACAGUAAUGUACCUGAUGUAAGGUUGAAACCACUGAUUUUAUCCCUCAGACUUUGUUUCACUUUAAUGAUCCAAUAUCUGGUAUAUGGAAGUAGUUUAGAAAAAACAGCUGAGUCCUUGUUUUGUCAUUCCUUUAAAUUUGUCAUUAAAUUUUAUUUAGGAAUUGAAUUGCAGCAAUACGAAAUGAAGUUUCUAAAGGUCUAUUGGUUCUUCAGAAACUGUUGAACUACCUUCGUCAAUACUGAUAACUAGAAAGGUCUAUUUUAUUUUCAAUUGGUUUGUUUCGUUAAAACCACAAACAACAUUUUAAUAUUGUUAUAAUUAAUGAUCUUAUGAGAAUUUUGUUUCGGAAAAAACUAACUCCAUUAGUUACUAACUUUCAAGCAAAUGUAAGCAACAUUUGUGAGUCAUGUGAUGUGAAGAAAAAGGAUAAUUUGGAAAAUAUUGAAUAUUGUAAAAUAGAAUAUGCAAAUUCAGCUGAAAAGGAUGUCAUAUCAGAUGUUCAGUCGUCAAGUCUAAGUUAUAAUUCAUCUCCUCAUUCUUUGCCGAUCAGUAAUAAUGAAAAGAAUAAUUUAACAAAAGAUAAAGACUAUGUAUAUAAAAUUAACGAAGAUUUACCAUGUUUAACCGAAUCAAAUUUAUGUGAAAAAGAGAAUUUAUCAAGUCAUACAAAUAGUGAACCUUUAACAAAUACUAUUACUCAAUGUUCAAAUGGACAAAAAUUAAAAAUACAUGAAAAUGAUUCAUUAGAAACAGUGGAAAAUGUUAACAAAUUAAUAUCUAAUAAAAAUGAAUUAAUAAAAGAAGUUACACAAAGUACACAUUCAAAACUAUCUACUUUUCCUAUUAUAAAUAAUAAUAAUAAUGAAAAUAAAUUAUUGCGACGAAUUAAAACUGAGCGUCACUAUAAUAAUCAUAAUAAUGUACAAUUUAAUACAAUCGAAAAAAAUUGUCAGUUAUCAACAGAACGUUUAAAAAUAGCUAAAGAUGAAGCUGAUGAAGCAAUAAAAAGUCGCAAAAUAUUUUCCAUUCUUGGUCCUUAUAAUCGUAUCAGAAAAGCAUUACGAACUCGUGGAUGGAUUGAGAAAUUUGAUGUCAAUAUUGGACCACCAGGACAAACUACACAGGAAUCAAAGAAAACUAUACUAUCGAUUACUAAUGUAAAAACUGUACGAAAUUCCAAUUCGUCUUCGAAUGAUACAACACUAGAAGAUUCUGAAGAUGGCGAUUCAGAUGAUGAUGUGACUGCUGUGAACGAGGAAAAACAACGUGUUCAACCGUGGGAAGAAGAUAGUGGAUACUAUGGAUUAUUGUCACGUAUGGUUCGUUCAGAAUUGCCAAGAUUUAUUUGGUCAUUACGUAAAAAUCAAGUUGAUUUUCAAAAUCUUCAGAAAGAUCAAAUCAUUAAUCAUCACAGUGGUGCACCAUUUACAACUAAGGUUGGACUAUGCAGACAAUUACGUCAAAUAAGAUGGUUUGCUGACUGUAAUGCUGAUUACUUUUUCCCGCGUUGUUUUAUCAUCAGUGAAGAAGAUGAUCGGCAAUCCUUUAUAAAUGAUUUUAGAUUAACAGCAUGUAUAUCCAUCGUAAAAAUGAUUGCAAAUCUAAUUUCUGAUGUUCAUCAAUUAGAUUCAGUUAUAAUUCAAUCCAAUCCUAAAAAUGUUUGUGAUAUGAAUAAUUUAGGUGAGACUAAUGAAAAUGUAAAUGAUACAAAGGAUUCUAACGUUCUGGAAAUUGAAAGUUCCGCAAAUAUUGAUUUAUCCAGAGAUAAUACUUUAUCUUUUUUAAAUAACACAAUAUCCUAUAAAAAAGUUUGGAAUAUAAAUUUACCACCAAGCGAUUUGUUGAACAAUUUUGAAAUUCCAGAUGAAAUUAUGGAAUUUUCUAUUUUUCAAUGUCAAGAAUUUCUUAAAACCAAGUAUCAUGACGAUCUUGACAAGUCAAGUAAACAAUCAUUUUCUUCUGAAUAUCCUUGGGAUACAUUUUUAUCUUGGUAUUAUCAAAUAAUAAAAAUGCCUCAUUUACUUGUGACAGCUAAACAUUUAUCAUCUCACUGUCAAUAUCUUUGUAAAUUACUUAAAAAAUAUUGUCCACAAUUUGAUAUGGAUGGAGUGCGUAAUGUUUGGAUUGUAAAACCUGGUGCGAAAUCAAGAGGGAGGGGUAUUGUUUGUCAUGAUCGAUUAGACGAUAUUUUAAAAAUUGUACAAGGUAGUGUAUUUCUUACUGAAGCACGUUAUAUUGUACAAAAAUAUAUUGAAAGACCAUUAUUAAUAUACAGAACAAAAUUUGAUAUUAGACAGUGGUUUCUUGUAACUGAUUGGGCACCAUUAACUGUUUGGUGGUAUCAAGAUUGUUAUUUAAGAUUUUGUUCUCAGGAGUUCACUUUGAAUGAUUUCAGUGAAUCAAUACAUCUUUGUAACAAUUGUAUACAACAUAAAUAUAAAAAUGGACUUAGAUCAUUGAAAUUACCAGAUGAAAAUAUGUGGACCUGGGAGCAAUUUCAAACCUGGCUAACUGAACAAGGUCAACCAAAUUUAUGGACAGAGAAAAUUCAACCAGCAAUGAAAAAUGCUGUUCUAAAUGUACUUUUAUCUUCACAAGAAUCUAUCGAACCUAGAAAAAAUUGUUUUGGUCUAUAUGGAGCAGAUUUCCUGUUAACUGACAAUGAUUACAGAAUAUGGCUUAUUGAAAUUAAUUCAAGUCCAUGUAUGUCACCGAGUACAUCCGUUACAGCUGUAUACACUGCUAGUGUAUUAGAAGAUACUUUGAAAGUUGUUUUAGAUAGAAAAUACAAUCGUAACUCGGAUGUUGGACGUUUUGAAUUACUGUAUAGACAACCGUUUCAUAAUCCAUCUAAUAUGUACACUGGUAUGGAACUUUAUGUAAUUGGAUCAAAAAUAAGUAAACCACAGUUGGAAAAUACAACUAUUCUACGUUGUUUUAAUAAAGCGACACUUGAUUUCAAUGGUCAGUCAUUAUCAAAUCCAGAAGUGAAUGUUAUAUCAAAAAUUGUUAGAGAUAAGAAGAAUAUGUCUCCUAUGGUCCUGCAAAUGAAAUCGCAAACACGAAAAGAAAUUAAGCCAUCGAACAUAAGUCAUGAGUAUGCAUGCACGACGGAAAUGGUUAAAGGAAUGAACAGUUUAUUACCACCUAUGAAGUGUGGAAAAUUUUCAACUGAUAAUCAGUCAACUGUGAACAUAAAUACUAAUAAUCCAGUCAAGCAUUUACAAUCAGUAAAGGAAACAAGAAAAGAUUCACGAUCAAAAUCUUGCAAAUAUGAAAAUAAAAUGAAAAUUUGCAAUGUUCCUACUGUUUCAAAUGCUGUAAAAACUAUUGGGUCUUUGACUGGCUUGGAGUCUGGUAUUUGUCUAUCAAAAUACAACGAUGAUAUUUCACAUGAUGACAAUCUUUUAAAAUCAAGCCGAUCGGAGUAUUGUCUAAAAUCAUCUCUAGAAGAAUUAGUUAAAUCGAGAUCACUCAUAAAUUCCCCUGGUAUUUCAAAUGUUAAAGAUUCCUCUACGUCCAACUUGAAUCAAUCGAGGCUACAACAAGUGAAUAAAGGUGAGCUGAAUCAGUAUACUGAAUAUGAAACAUGCAAUAAUACAAAUCUAUAUUCUUCUCACAAAAGUAUACAUGGUAAAAAUAAAAAUUCACAGCCAUCGUCAUUAUUAUUACCUAAAAUAGAUAAAGGUCAAAAUCCAGAUUCUAGUAUAAAACUAGUUAGUUUGAAUUUAAAUCGACCGAGAUCAUUGAAUAAAAUAGAAAGAUUAUCAUUAAAACUUGAACAUCGAAACAAAAAGUUGAAUGUUAACACAAUACAUGAUACAACUUCAUCUAAUUUCAAUUCAACACAAACUAAUUCACUUAGAUAUUUACAUGAAAAGAAACUAUCCAAAGGACAAUUACAUUUUGAAGAGAUUAUAACAAACAAUGAUAAGCAACUGAUUAAUAGACCAAAUAAAUUGCCAACAAUUGUUAAAAUCAAACCUGAAUCUUCACAUCAAUCAUUAACUAGUCAGUCUACACUUACUAUAGAUCAACUAGAUACAAAUUAUGUGCAGAAAAUGCCUACUUAUAAAAAUUAUGUUGAUAAAAUCAAAUUGAACAUUUUACAAUUUAAUGAAGGAGACAGUCAUGUGAAGCAUAUUAAUCAUGAAAAAUCAAAUCAUAAUAAGCUGUAUAAACAUUUACAGAAAAGAUGUAUCAUUCUGCGUAAAAUGAAAAAAAUUAGAAAGUCACCAGCAGUACGAAGAAAAGUAUCAACUUGUCAAUCACAGUCAGAACUUUCUAAAGUCUUAAUAGUAAAUCAAAGAUCAGCAGAUUUAACUAUGAAUGAUAAUUCUUCAAUGAAUUUAGAUGAAGUUUACAAAUGCCGAAAAUUAAAGGACAGUAGUGAUAAUAAUACUACUGAUGAUAAGAAUACUGAUAGUAAUAAUAAACUCAAUGCUAGUAACUGUGAUUCCGGGAUUAAUUCUGGUGACAGUAUCACAUUGGAUAGUAAUGAUCCAAAUAAAAUCUCAAAGAUUAUUACCUCUUCACCAAAAUCCUCCCUGAAGCAAAGUUCCACAGAUUCAGGAUUUGAUGAUGAGAUAUCAACUCAAUCGAAAACCUUUUCACCACUAGAUAAUUUUUCGGCAGUUAUUGUUAACAGGAAUAAUAGUGAUAAUAAAGCGAUAUCUAAUGAUAUUUCACUUUGUAGGUUUAUUCAUUCUAGUAAAAUGUUUGUUAAUUGUCGUAACACAGAUGACACAAAAUUCUACAGGUAUAAUAUUAAUGAUAAAUUUAAUCUGAAAUUCCUUUCUCGUAUCACAAACGAUUAAUGAAUUGAAAGUAACAUGCUGAUCGGUUUGUUGCAGUCUAGUGAUGAUCCAUACUUAAUUGUCAUCUUAUCUCAUUUUCUUUCUGUUCUGAAUUGAUUAAUUACUUUUAUUCUCAGUUGUCUACAAAGUUUUAACUUCAUUCACUAUUGUGAAAUCCUUAGUUUACUGUGAUAACCUUCAACUUUGGGAUGAAUUAUUAAACGAUUGUUUUGACUGAUAUAUAUUUUUCACGAACCAUUUAAACUUACAUCUUGUCAUUUUAUUUUAAGUGUUCCACAAGUAUUUCUCCAAUGAAUAUGUAAAUCAUUUAGACUUAUUUUUCAUUUAUCAGAUAUUUUAUUUGUUUCACAAAACGAUAAAUUGGUUGAAAAUCGGG